CCGCAGCGCCCCCGCUCCAGACCCGCCUUUCCUCGGCGGCCCACGGAGCGCCCCCAAGGGCUCCCUGGCCGGGCGGCGCGGGCGGGGCUUCCUCGGGCGGGGUGUGGCCCCUCCCCACCCCGCCUUCCCCCCCCCCGCCUUGUGGCUCGCGGCCCCCGCCGGGCGCCCCCAUUCCCGCGCGCGCCUCAGGCCCCCCGCCCGGCUCUGGCUCGCGGGGAAGCCCGCCCGGCUUCGCAGCCCCGUCCGCGGGCAGGACGGGAAUCCCACCCAGCCCCGGCCGGGGGCGCGCCACGAAGCCGCGGGCUCGCCCGCCCCGCCCCCUCACACGCACGCGCGCACACACCCCGGCGCCGUGGAGAAGGGACCGGAAACGGCCCCGGCCGCGCUGUAGCCUAGCGACCGCCACUUCCGGCGACCUCUCACCCCCCCCCCGGGCGCGCCUAUUGGCUGGCUGCUCUCGCGGGAAGCGCCGGCCUGUCCGCGGCGGGUCAGCGGAGGAAGCCCCGAGCCAUGGCCGACCGCCUGACGCAGCUGCAGGACGCCGUCAACUCGCUUGCAGAUCAGUUUUGUAAUGCAAUUGGAGUCUUGCAGCAGUGUUCCCCACCGGCAUCUUUUAGCAACAUACAAACUGCAAUAAACAAAGAUCAACAAACUAAUCCCACAGAAGAAUAUGCCCAGUUGUUUGCUGCCUUGAUUGCCAGAACUGCUAAGGAUAUUGACGUUUUAAUAGAUUCUUUGCCUAGUGAAGAAUCAACAGCUACAUUACAGGCCGCCAGUCUGUAUCGCUUGGAGGAGGAGAACCACGAGGCAGCAGCACGCCUGGAGGAAGUGGUUUAUCGCGGGGAUCUGCUCUUGGAGAAGAUACAGAGCGCCUUGGCUGACAUUGCCCAGUCCCAGCUGAAGACUAGAAGUGGCGCUCGGAGCCAGCCCAGCCCAGAUUAAGGGGCAGGAGGCGGGACCUCACUGUGGAAUUCAGUCCUCAGGAACAUUUUGGGUGGGGGUGGGUGGGUGGGUGGGGUAAAUCCCCCCCCCCUUGAUCCUCGAUGCUGUGGAAGAACUGGCGAUACGGCUCUUCUGAGCCAAGGUGUGCCGGCUGACGUGCAUCAGUUUUGUGUGUCAUACUGGAUUGAAGGGAAAAGCCAUUACAAGCGGAGAGUUGCCGAGCCUUUAUUUUCAGUGCGUCUCAUUUGUCGUGUACAGCCGCGUGUUCUGCUUUGCACAGAAGAAAUGCUGCCCCUUUCCUCCUGCAAAUCUGUGCUGAGCUGAGCUUCUGGUUCUUGCGGGAGAUCCGCUGCUGGACUGCACAGAAGGAAGAGCAGAGCUGGACAAGAGCACCCAGCGACUGCCGGGUCGAUCACAGCCUGCAGACUCUGCCCUUGGGCUGAGUGUGUCCGUCAUUCCAGCCACACUCACGGCAUGGUGGUGGCAGUGGAGUGGUUCACUGUGGGUUUAGGGCAGAGGAGAGGAGAGGACCAGAGGCUGGUAUGACACGUUACAGGAUAAUUAAAUUGGCUGAAUUGGAUGAUUUAAUUCAACUGGUGUGGUAGUCUGCUGGAAAAGGGUUGCUGCAAGCUUCGUUUUGGAAGGGUUAGUUAGCUCAGCUGAAUCUCAAGGCCGCCUCUUCACUACUCAGGGUAGAUCGCGGGGGGGAGGGGGGGAUUCUUGGGGGCCCGCUUCAAAUUUGUGGUCAUCUAGACUUUCAGUAUUUUCUCUUUUCUCCCUCUACUCUUUUUCCUGGUGUGCAAGAUAGAAAUUGAAUCUAGUCUUGAUGUUGUUUCUGCUUUUUUCUCUAAUCUAUAACACACACCAGUUAGAGUAUGCUAAACCUCAAAACUGCAUCUGUGUAUGUAUAGACAGGUUUUAAAUACUGGUUCAAGAUAGACUGUUCUGCCCCCUCUAUUUGCUGUGCCUGAUUUAGUUCUGUUGCUUCCCAUAUGAAGGACUGUCAAGGAUUCUUGAGCAUUUCAGCAGGCUGAUCGAAGAAUAUGGAGAACAUCCUUGGAUGCUCUACUGCUCUAGCACUGGCGUCAUCUCAGCUGUGCUGUUAGCAAAUAGAGAACAAAAACGAUUAAUGUGCAUUGCAUAUAACAGAUGCAUAGGUGCAUUCAGGCCUGCCUUCAUGUUCAUUUAGUGAUCUGGCCUAAUGAAUGUUUGACCUCGCACAGUGUGGUAUCUUCCUUGUUUUCAGGACAGAUGCGGGGGGGGGGGGGGGAGGCGCAGGGUUUUCCAGACUGUAGCUUGCUAGCAAAUCAUUCCAGCUGUAAAUGACAUUAAACUGUUCUUAAUGGA